UUAGAUGAAAAUCAUCCUAACAAACUAACUCAUAAGGGUGACCAGUGGAGUUGCUGACGCAGAGACAAAGUGCGGGAGAGAGGAAGCAGCGAGCGAGAGAGAGAACAAGCUGAAGCAGCAAUGGCGCUUCUCAAUUCUUCUCUUUCUGUUUCUACUUCCACCAACGUUUCUCUUCCUAAUCUACCUUUCUUCAGAAACCAACCCAAAAACUUGCCUUGUCGGAAAAGAAUUGGAAUGUACAAGAAAUUCAAUGUCUGUUCAACUUCAAUCUCAAAACCCACCUCAGAAAAUGGAUUAUCCCGGAGGGAUUUGUUGCUAUUUGGGCUUACUUCUUCAGUUGCUUUGUCAUUUCCAUCCUUAGGUUCUCUUGCUGAGGAAGAGUUGAAAGCUGCCACAAUGGUUGAUGAAAUAAAUGCUUAUUCUUAUACUUAUCCGCUGGAGUUGUCAUCUACUAAUUUUGCCUUUAAAUGGGUGGAGUCAAGAAAACCAGAACGUUAUUCGUCGGCCGCUCCAUUGUCUCCUGAUGCUCGAUUGAGGAUUGUCUCCGAGAGAGUUGAUUUCAUUGACAACCUUAUUAUUUCGGUUACGAUAGGCCCUCCAAAUUCCAUAUUUAUAAAAUCAAAGGACAAGAGUACUUGGGCAGCAAAAGAUGUUGCAGACUCUGUUUUAUCCGAUAAAUCUGCAUUGCGGGUGACUUCAAGUCAGCGAAUGGCCGAGAGUUCAGUUCUUGAUACAAAUUCAAGUAAUAUUGAUGGUGAGCCAUAUUGGUAUUUUGAGUACCUUGUUCGAAAGUCACCAACAAAAAUCGUCGGAGAAUCCAACAUUUAUAGGCAUUAUGUUGCAUCAACAGCAGAGCGAGAUGGCUUUCUGUAUACCAUCAAUGCUUCAACACUCGGCGCACAAUGGAACACGAUGGGACCUUUUCUGCAGAAAACCGUAGAGUCUUUUCGACUUCUUCCUCCCACUGAAGACUAUGUACCUCCAUACAAGGAUCCAUGGAGAUUUUGGUGACAUUUUGUAUAUCCUCAUACUUCAUUUCCAGGAAUUUUUGUACUAUAUUCUUUUGUCGUGUGGUUUUACCAAUGAGUUCUAGUUCAGUUUUGAAAUCUAGGCAUAGUGGCGAGAAGUUAUUGUGUGUAAACUUCCAUGAAAAGGUGGGAGAAAGUAAGUCUCUGCCUUGCUUAUGUUCAAAAUUUCUUUCAAUGGUCAAACUAAAUUGCGGAUUUGAAUGCCUCAUCAAUACGAAAAUGGUGCCCUCAACCCA